AUGGACGGUUAGUUUUAAUAUUUUAAUGUGAGGAAAAGGGCAUAAUUAUGGAAAAAUAUUUUUUUUUUCAGAAACAAAAGGAAAAAAAAUGGGCUAGAACGCUAUGAAGUAUUUAGUGUUUGAAAAAAUUUAAUAAAAAAAAACUUGAAAUUAUUCUUUUUUUUUGGGCUCACCUUCUGGUAGUUUUUAAAAAUUUCUUGAUCAAUAUUGCUGAAAUUUUGAGAAAAAAUGACGAUUAAAAAAAACUGAAUGGUUUUUUUCGUUCCACAAGUACUACUGAGCAUUUCAGAAAAAAAAUUUCCCUGAAAAAUUUCGAAACGAAAUCUUAAUUUGUCGAAUUUUUGAGCCCUUUUCGUCGAAAUAAUUUCGAAACGUUCCUUUCAAGAAGAAUGACGCGAAAUUUCGAUAUAUUGCAGCGCAAGGAGGCGACGCCGGAGCUCAAGGAGGCAGCCAAGGGCCUCGUCCCUCCAACAAACGUCUGCAGCAGACCCAGGCGCAGGUCGAUGAGGUCGUCGGCAUCAUGAAGGUGAGGGAGCGCCGGUUUGUGGGGCGGGUGCACCGGGUAAAAAUGAUGAAUGCUUAAAAUGCAACCUUUUCGGGAAGGGGUAUGACUGGGAAGUCUUGGUUUUUUUCAAAAAAACGAGCGAAAUUCCGCAGGUCGAUGAGGUCGUCGGCAUCAUAAAGGUGAGGGAGCGCCGGUUUGAGGGCGGGUGCACCAGGGAAAAAAAGUGAUGAAUACUUAAAAUGCAACCUUUUCGGGAAGGGGUAUGACUGGGAAGUCUUGGUAUUUAAAAAAAAAAGAGGGAAGGGGCAUGUCGUCGUCGGAAUCGUGAAGGUGAGCUGGGGAAGCGCCGGUUUGAGGAGCAGGUGUACCAGAAAAAAAAAAAAAGAUGAAUGGUUAAAAUGCAACCUUUUCGGGAAAGGGUAGGACUGUGACGUCUAGGUAUUUAAAAAAAAAAUGAAAGACAGAAGUUCCGUAGGCGCAGUUUGAUGAGGUCAUCGGCAUCAUGAAAAUGGGGCGGGGGAGCGCCAGUUUGAGGGGCUGGUGCACCGGGGAAGAAAAACAGUCUUCCUUUUGUUAAAAAAAUGACUGGAGUGUUUUGAAGACUAUUUUUUAAAAAAAUUUUUUUAAUUUCACUAAAAAAAUAUCAAAAUAUCAAGCAAUUUUUUUAAAAAGAACCUCUCAUACGUACCGAGCCUCAAAAACUUUAAAUUAACUGAUCAAAAGAAAUAAAUAAAUGAAAGCGUAGUUUAUUAAUGACCUGAAUGAACUAUUGUCUCUUUAUAGCACGAAUUAUGAACCUUGACUCUAUAAUAUUUGAUCCCUUCCCUGCAAAUUUAUCAGCUAAGUGAAGAUGGAGCGAGUUUUACUUCCUUUUUCGUGGCUUCUUAUAGAUUAAAGGCUUAACUUUGCUCACAACAGGUUUUGAGAAGGAGAAAGUUUGAAACGGGUGCUUUUUCUCACGUGGACAGGUGGAUUUUGGGGGACAUUUCAGGCUUUUCGGCUUAGUUUCUUGCUUUAUGUUGGUUUUAGAAGUUGUAUAGCUGUUUUGAUAAGUUUUUUAAACUCUCAUAGUUAAAAUUUGAGUCAGGAAGUGACGAAUAAUAUAAAAAUUACAAUUCUGAACAAGCUCAAAGCUAUUAUGAAUUAACUUGAUUCCCGCGACAUUUUUGAAGUUUUAUGACGUCCCACGCGCUUCGUAUCGUGUUUCAUUGGUUUCUGAGUUGGAAAAUUUUUGAAAAAGUCCCGGGAAUCGAUUUGAAUUCAGAAUUUGAAGCUUCUAGAUUGACAAUUUGAUGAUUAACAGCUUUUCUUAUGAAUUAAGGAAACAAAAGCCUUUUUCAUCGAUUUUACUUGCAGGUCAACGUCGAGAAAGUUCUGGAGCGUGAUCAGAAGCUGUCCCAACUCGAUGACCGCGCGGACGCCUUGCAGGUUAGAAAAUGGGAAGAAAUUGAUAAUUGAGAAUUUUGUGGUGAAAAGUGUAGCACUUGGAAAAAGAUGAUUCCUUAAAAACUUUGGAAUUUUCGGAAACUUGCAAAGUUGGAGAGUGUUGAAAAAUUAGAGAGCGGAUUUUGUUUUUCUCUAAGCGCCCUCUUGUUUACGAGUGCUCUAUGGCUUCGAAGAAGAAUUAUCAUUCAAAAAUAGGUUUUAGAGGCUUCAAUUUUUACAAAAUAUUGUUGAACUAGUAACGAUUUUUUUAUUAUCAAGGGCCAAUUUUUUUCAUUGAAUUCUUUAAUUUUUUUAUAAUUUUUUUAAAUUUGUAGUUGACUAUUACCCGGGUGCUUUUAAGGUUUAGGAGUUCUGAAUAUCACUCAAAUCCAAUGUUUGUCACGAUUUUUUUCUCCGAGCUAUAGAACCAUUUUCUUCGAAUUGCUCGUCCUGCGCAUGCGUCUUUAUUAUAACGGAUUUUUAGCCUGGUUUAAAGGCGCAAGCCCAAAUCGAAGAAAAGGGUUCUGUAGAUUGGAGGAAAAAAGUCGUGACAAACUGGAUGGGCUAUAUUAGUACUGGGAAGGGCUUCUCGAGACUUAUAAUGUUAUUUGCGCCUUUAAAAGUUCCUAAAAAAUUUUUUCGACCAUGAAUAUUCAAAAUCGAGCUUCGAAAGGUUAUAGUUUGACUUGAAAACUUUUCUUAGUUUUCCUUGUUUUUUGGCAAAGACUAUUGUUUCUCUGACCUUGCCGAUGAGCUCAGGCGAACCCGGGGAAGGUAAAUGGAAACUAAAAGGCCUUUGGAAGCGGUUCAGAAGGUUAUUGGAAGGUUUAAAAAAAAAUGAAGCCUUCCAGCAGGCUUCUUUAAAGCAAGUAGAAGGCGUUCGACCAUUUUUUGGAGACCUUCGGAACCUCUACUAAGAAAUGGAAAGCAGAAGCUAUCAUGUACCUUCUCAGGAAUAGGGAAUUUAAAGCUUCAUAACUCGAAAACAAGAUCUCGUACUAGAAAUUGUUUUCUUGUUCAGGAAUCAGAGGUCCUAAAGUACAUUCCAGCAGAGUUCCAUCAAAAGCUCAACCGGGGGUAAAAAACGUCCCCUAGUAAGGAGAGAACAGAGAGAAACUCGAAAACUGUCGAAUUUCGAGAGAUCUGAAACAUGUCCCUAAGAAAAACUGGUUCAGGAAGGCGCCUCGCAGUUCGAGAAGUCGGCGGCGACGUUGAAGCGCAAGUACUGGUGGAAGAACAUCAAGAUGAUGAUCAUCAUGUGCGCCAUCGUCGUCAUCCUCAUCAUCAUCAUCGUCCUCUGGGCCGGCGGCAAAUAA